UGCACUAAACCACAAACUCAUUCUUCAAUAAAAAUUAACUUGAAAACUCUAAACAUAAACACAAUCAUGCAUAUCGUCUCUUUUUUCUUAGCACUCCUUGCUAUAAUACAUGGAAUACAAGCAGUUAAUUAUACUGUCACCAACACUGCUCUCACUACUUCAGGUGGAGUACGUUUCCGUGAUCAAAUAGGAGAUCAAUAUGCGAAACAAACUCUAGACUCUGCGACACGAUUCAUAUGGAAAGUGUUCCAACAAAACAACCCUACCAACCGGAAGAACGUGCAGAAGGUGAGUUUAUUCAUCGACGACAUGGACGGAGUUGCGUUUACGAGUGGUAAUGAAAUUCAUGUUAGUGCAAGAUAUGUUAACGGCUACAGCGGUGAUGUGAGAAAAGAAAUUAUAGGCGUAUUAUAUCAUGAAAUGACACAUGUUUGGCAGUGGAAUGGAAAUGGUCAAGGUAAUGGUGGACUGAUUGAAGGUAUAGCAGAUUAUGUGAGAUUGAAAGCAAAUUAUGCACCUAGUCAUUGGGUUAAAGCAGGACAAGGAGAUAAAUGGGAUCAUGGUUAUGAUGUUACUGCUCGUUUUUUGGAUUAUUGUGAUAGUUUAAAAAAUGGAUUUGUAGCAAAGUUGAAUAAGUUGAUGAGGAGUGGUUAUAGUGAUCAAUUAUUUGUUCAGCUUUUGGGGAAGACAGUUGAUCAGUUAUGGAAAGAGUAUAAGGCAAAGUAUGGUAAUAUAGCCUAAUUAUUUAUAUAGUAGCUUACUAAUUAAAUGUAUGAAUAAGAGACUAUGUAAUAAAAUUGUCUGAAAUUCUAAAUAUUCAGACUUAUAAGUUAACUUAUGAUCUAUCAUUAAAAAAAUUAUGUAUAAGUGACUUUGUUGAAGGAAAAUUGUUAUCUAUCCACCAAAAGAAUUAGGGGAGAGUUACUCAACUAAGGUGUCAAAAUAAGAAAAGAUCCAAGGGUAUUUCACAUGAUAUAUU